AUGGCCACGACAGGCGUGUCACUCACGCCUGCUCCGUCGAUAGCUCCCAUAGCUCCUAUAGCUCCAUUGGCUGCUCGACCCUCAGUAGCUCCCUCGCCGGGACCCAGUACUCCAGGCUCUGUCACCUCGAAGGAAUGGGUCAUUCCUCCCCGUCCAAAGCCUGGGCGCAAGCCCGCAACCGACACGCCCCCAACCAAGCGUAAGGCACAGAACAGGGCCGCCCAAAGAGCCUUCCGUGAGCGUCGAGCCGCUCGAGUGCAAGAAUUGGAAGAACAGAUGAAGGAAGUCGAGGACAGCCAUGAUGUUCAGGUCGCUGCUCUCAACGAGCGGAUUGGGACGCUUUCCCAGGAACUCGAACAAUCUCGUGAGGAAAUGAACUGGUGGCGGGACCGAUGCCAUUCUUUGGAGAAGGAAGUUUCUAUCGAGCGUAGCGCGAAAGAAGCCCUGGUCAAGGAAUUCCGAUCAUCCAUCUCCGCCUCUGGCAACUCUAUCAUGCCAGAUUCAGUCCCUCUACCACCUCGAACUCGGCCGUCCACCCGAAGCUCUCACAUGGAAGGGGUUACCCAAGAGGACACCGAAGAGAACAUCCCUCUGGGCUGCGGGGAAUGCUCUAACGAACACUGCCACCCUCACCGCGGCCCCUCCGAGCCGGAGAUCAAGCCUGAUCCUGAAGAGAUGGAGAUUGAUUUCACGGCCCGAUUCGCCGCCGUGCCAGCGCAGUCCAGUGCCAACAACGCCACCGACAGCGCUGCCUCCACCCCCGUCGACCCAUGUGGAUUCUGCCAGGACGGCACACCCUGCAUCUGCGCGGAAAUGGCCGCCCAGGAACAGGAGCGCGGCCGCGGCUCCUUCGAGAACAACCGCCUCGCCCCCAUCCAGUCCAUCUCCCAGUUCACCCCCCCGCCAUCCGAGAGCGACGCCCGCUCAGAAGUGACUCUGCCACCAAUCGGCCAAGCCACCAGUUCUUGCGCCAAUGGCCCCGGCACCUGCGCCCAGUGUCUGGCUGACCCACGAAGCUUUCUUUUUUGCAAGACGCUGGCAGCCUCCCGGUCAGCGAGUGGGACCUCAUCGGGAGGAGGCUGCUGCGGCGGCAAGGGAGCCAGCGGCGGCUGCUGCAUGUCAAGAAAUGCCCCCGCCACCCCGUCCGCGCGUGAGAACCCCUCCCUGUCUGCGCAACCUACCGCACCCAAGCCCUCUACGCCCAAUGCGCUCACCCUAAGCUGCGCGGACACCUUCACUACUUUGUCGCGGCACCCAAACUUCUCGCGAGCUAGCGACGAGAUUUCGACCUGGCUGCCAAAGCUGCACACCUUGCCGAAUCCGAAGGAGCUGGGGCUCGCUGAGAAGCCUGGGCCGAUGGAGGUUGAGGCCGCUAGUGUUAUGGGCGUGCUUCGCUACUUCGACCGCCGUUUUGCUGAGAAAUGA